AUGGGCGUAUACGGUGUUGGAAACUAUUAUAGAAUUGAAGGAAAUAUAAAUAAGGAGCUAUAUCAUGAAAUCCUUAAAGAUGAGUUAAUUGGGAUGAUGCAAGCAUGGCAUUUGACUAACAAUGACUUUGUCUUCCAGCAUGAUAACGAUCUGAAACAUAUGUCAGAUAUAGUUACUGACUGGUUGGAUGAAAAAGGAAUCGAUGUUUUAACUUGGCCGCUGUACUCUCCCAAUCUAAAUCCCAUAGAGCAUUUAUGGGAUGAAGUUAAUCGUCAUUUGCAAAAACUUCCCGGUAAUAUUUCUAGCAAAAUGGAUCUGUGGAAUAAGAUACAAAAGGUGUGGAAUGAGAUCGAUGAUGAUUAUGUUUUAAAGCUAAUCGACACGAUGUCUCAACGAAUUAAAGAUGUCCUUAAAGCUAAAGGGGGGUAUACUAAAUGGUAA